AUGAUUGGGCGUGCACUUUCCGAAGCAAGCAAAUUGCACACUGAGCUUGAACCAUUUUUGUUGUCACUAGCAAAGAAAUCAAAACCCAUAACACUAAAACAAUGCAAUCAAAUCCAUGCAAAACUAAUAAUCACCCAAUGCAUUUCACAAACUCAUUUAGCCAACACCCUUUUGAGUUUCUACUCAAAAUCUUUAAACUUUCACCAUGCCCACCAACUGUUCGACAAAAUGCCUCACAGAAAUAUUGUCACUUGGACAACGUUAAUUUCAUCGCAUCUCAAAUAUGGGUCGGUACCAAAAGCCUUCGAGAUGUUCAAUUACAUGCGUGCAUUGGAUGAGAGACCUAAUGAGUAUACUUUCUCUGUUUUGCUUCGAGCUUGUUCGAGUCGUGAGUUUUGGAAUGUGGGUUUGCAGAUUCAUGGCUUGGUUGUUCGGUGUGGCCUUGAAAGAGACAGAUUUUCCGGGAGCUCUCUUGUGUAUAUGUACUUUAAAGGUGGCAAUAACAUAAGGGAUGCGUGGCGUGUUUUUGAUGAAUUGUUGGAGAGGGAUGUUGUUGCUUGGAAUGUUAUGAUUUCUGGGUUUGCUCAAGUUGGUGACUUUUGCAUGGUGCAAAGGUUGUUUUCUGAAAUGUCGGAAGUACAAGGGUUGAAGCCAGAUAAUAGUACCUUUGUUAGUUUACUCAAGUGUUGUUCUUUGUUGCAAGAGUUAAAGCAAAUUCAUGGGCUUUUGUACAAGUUUGGUGCUGAAGUUGAUGUUGUAGUUGAGAGUGCUAUGGUUGACUUGUAUGCUAAAUGUGGGGAUGUGAGUUCUUGCAGGAAGAUUUUUGAUUCCAUGGAGGAGAAGGAUAAUUUUGUUUGGAGUUCAAUGAUUUCAGGCUAUACCAUGAAUAAUAGAGGAGAGGAAGCUGUGCAUUUUUUCAAGGAUAUGUGUAGAGAAAGGGUGAAACUUGAUCAGCAUGUGUUAUCUAGUACUUUGAAAGCUUGUGUUGAAAUAGAGGACUUGAACACUGGUGUUCAAGUGCAUGGCCUAAUGAUAAAAAACGGGCAUCAGAAUGAUUGUUUUAUAGCCAGUGUGUUGUUGACUCUCUAUGCCCAUUUUGGUGAACUAGGGGACGUGGAAAAGUUGUUUGGAAGGAUUGAAGAAAAAGAUAUUGUAGCAUGGAACUCUAUGAUCUUGGCUCGAGCUCGGCCAGGUCAGGGAUCUAUUCGUUCUAUGCAACUAUUGCAAGAGCUUCGCCGAACAACCUUUUUGCAAAUUGGGGGUGCCACUCUGGUUGCUGUUUUGAAGUCUUGUGAGAAUGAAUCGGAUUUACCUGCAGGUAGACAAAUCCAUUCACUUAUAGUGAAAUCAAGUGUGUGUCGUCAUACUUUGGUUGGAAAUGCAUUAGUGCACAUGUACUCUGAGUGUAGACAAAUUAGUGAUGCAUUUAAAGCUUUUGUUGACAUUGUAUGGAAAGAUGAUAGUUCAUGGAGUUCUAUUAUUGGAACUUACAAGCAAAACGGAAUGGAAUUCGAAGCUUUAGAGUUAUGUAAAGACAUGUUGGCUGAAGGAAUCAAUUUUACAAGUUAUAGUCUUCCACUGUGUGUUUCAGCUUGCUCUCAACUUUCAGCUAUAUGUGAGGGUAAACAACUCCAUGUUUUUGCUAUCAAGUCCGGUUACAACCGCGAUGUCUAUGUUGGGAGUUCCAUUAUAGAUAUGUACGCUAAAUGUGGGAACAUGAAGGAGUCGGAGAAAGUUUUCGGCGAACAAUUAGAGCCAAAUGAAGUAAUUUUUAAUGCCAUGAUCUGUGGAUAUGCACAUCAUGGAAAAGCACGAGAAGCCAUAGAAGUAUUCAGUAAGUUAGAGAAGAAUGGUGUGGCACCCAAUCAUGUAACUUUCUUAGCUUUGAUGUCAGCUUGUAGCCAUGCAGGGUGUGUAGAAGAAACUUUGCAUUUGUGUACAUGGAUGAUUGACAAAUACAAGAUUAAGCCAAAAUCAGAGCAUUAUUCGUGUCUGGUUGAUGCGUAUGGUCGGGCGGGAAGGCUGGAGGAAGCUUACCAGAUAGUGCAAAAAGAUGGAAGUGAAUCUGCAUGGAGAUCAUUACUUGGCGCUUGUAGAAAUCAUAAUAACACAAAAAUUGGAGAAAAAUCUGCAAUGAAGAUUAUAGAAUUAAAUCCUAGUGAUCAUGCUCCGUAUAUUCUUCUUUCAAACAUCUACAUUGGAGAGGGAAAAUGGGAAGACGCUCUUAAAUGUAGGGAGAAAAUGGCUAAGAUUUGUGUGAAGAAAGAUCUAGGAAGUAGUUUGUUGAUUUGAGGAUCAUUAGAGUCCUAGUAAGCCAUGCAAUCUGAAUAUACUAGUAAGCCAUGCAAUCUGAAUCCAUAAGCAUCAUGACAAAAAAAGCUUGAAUGACAGACAUGUAACGACAUCAAACAAACAGACAAGUAACAGAUAUUGAAGAGAGCUUUAUCCACAAUAACAACGUCCAAUCGAACAAAAUUGAGAAAACUAUUUGCAAUGUACGUCUCCUCAAAUGAGUGAAUGACAUGCUUGAAACCAGACUAAAGGAAAAUACCAAGUCCAAAGAUCAACCUUACAAGAUGCAGACAAUCCAAUUCCACCAAAACAUAUGCAAUGAUAAGUAGUUGAUUUGAGGAAACCUGAAUUUCUUGAGGCAAGUCCCUGAAGUGAUUUACAGUGUUCCUAAUAAGCUUAGGAGUCGAGCAUAUCAAGUUGUUUUACUAACCUCAUAAGCUUUAGUAAAAGAGGAGAUGGAUAAUCAUUUGUUUUCCAAAGACACCGCAUAUUAGCCAUUUGUGUCUCUAUUUGGGCCUUUAUAUAAAAUUCUAAAGCAGGAUUUUCAG